GACCUUUAUGAACUGUUGGAUGUUCCUCAGUUGUCUUGUGAGGACCUGGUAAAAAAGGCUUACAAGAAACAGGCCCUGAAGCUUCACCCUGACAAGAAUCCUAACAAUUCCAAAGCAGUUGAACAAUUUCAACUGUUGCAGAAAGUUUACGAGUUUUUUUUAGAUCCCAUUAAAAAAAAUGAAUACGAUAGCGUCAUCAGAGCUCGUGAACAAGCGGAGAAGAAGAAAAAAGAGAUGGACGUAAAUAGAAAAAGAUUUGCAGAAAAGUUGAUAGCUGAUGAGGCAAGAGCAAAGAAGCAGAGGUUGGAGGAAGAUGUUUUCAAACAGCAAGAGGAACUACGAAAACGUGCUGAACUAAAAGCUGAAAUGGAACGAGAAGCAGUAGAAGAGAGGGAACGAUUAAAACGAAAACAAAUGAAAGAAAGCAAAAUGCGAGAGGACGAGAAUAACGGAGGGUAUAAUGUCAAGAUCAAAUGGAAGCUCUCACAAGACUACGACUAUGAUGAAAAUGUUUUGAGAAAAAUAUUUUCAAGAUACGGCGUUGUAAAAGAGUUAAUCUUUUCGGGCAACAAAAAAGGUUUGUGUUUGGUACAGUACAGUGGGCAGGAGCAAGCUCUUGCCAGUUUGGACGAAGUUGGCCUGCCAUCAUGUCCUCUGAAAGUU